GUGAGGAGUGAAAACAGCAACGGAGAGAUCACAAUGCUCUGGGAAGAUUGGAGGAAUGAGAAACUAACUUGGGGAUUCCCCUCAAGAAAAUGACCUCAGUCAAAGAGGCCAUGAAGAUGAGGGGCAAGCACGUGCGAAUAUUGAAAGUGGAAGACAACUUCUUGUAUGAUAAAAUAUUCUCUGUUGUUCUCACCAAUUAUGAGGAUACCCAGUAUUAUGGUGAGAUCAGUAUUGGCAGCCCACCCCAAACCUUCAAAGUCGUUUUUGACACUGGAUCUUCUGACUUUUGGGUGCCCUCCAUCCUUUGUAGCCCAUUCAACAAAUUUCACAAUCGAUAUGAUGCCUCAAAAUCCUCUACUUACAAAAUGAAUGAGUCUGAAUUCAUUAUCCACUAUGCAUCGGGCUGGGUUGAGGGCUUCCUAAGCCAGCCAGCUUUCUCCUCUGGCUUCUUAAACCCACAGAUUGGUGGAAUGAAGGUGACUCAGUUAUUACUUGAGGUCAUAGCACUGUCCCUGAUACCCUUUGGACUGACCCAGUUUGAUGGUAUCCUUGGCCUGGGGUACCCUGAGCAGGCGAGGAGCAGAAUCACUCCUGUCUUUGACAACAUAAUGGCCCAAGGGGUGCUGAAGGAAGAUGUCUUCUCUAACUACUACAACAGGAGUUCGGGGAAGAAUGGUGGAGAGCAGAUACUGGGAGGCAGUGACCCCAACUAUUACCAAGGGACCUUUUACUACAUCAGCACCAGCCGGCCCCACUUCUGGCAGAUCCAGAUGCAAGGGGUGACUGUCAAGUCUUAUGUGCUGUCCUGCAAGGAUGAGUAUUUUGUAAAAUGUGAACAGAAAAAGAAGCUCCUGAAUAUCUCCUUCAACUUUGAUGGCAAGGACUUCACACUCCAAGGUUCCGAAUAUGUCUUAGAGGCUUCAAAGCGCAAUGAUAAGAUGUGCAUGGUGGCCUUCCAUGGCAAGGAUAUAGCUAAACCAGUAGGACCUCUGUGGAUCCUGGGAACAACCUUCAUCCGAAAGUUCUACACGGAAUUUGACCGGAACAACAAUCGCAUUGGUUUUGCCUUGGCAGUCUGACCUGUCUCUGCCCACAUCCCUGUUAGAUCCCACUUUUUCUCCCUGUUGUGCUUCAGUCCUUGGGACAGAGGCAAGUCCCUCCAUCAAGCUCUCGAAUCCUGGAGACCACUGUUAAUCUUCUGCCUUAAUGGAGAAUAGAAUAAAGUUUCAUUGCUCAAA